ACAUAACGGUAGCAACUGGUUCUAUUAAUAGCGUUGACCUUUCUAUGACAUAAGACAGCUAUUAGGACCUAAUUCCGUUGGAGUGAGUUUCCUUCUGCUCGGGACAGUUUAAAUUAGGUGUAUAGCUGGGAUGCUGUCUGGUAAAGAAUAUAUGUAGAGACAGAAGCUGCGGCAUAAACAAUCGAGAGAAAAAAUGGCCGAAGCAUUUGAACAGCACAGGAUUUUAAUGGUGUCGGAUUUCUUCUAUCCAAAUUUUGGUGGCGUGGAAAAUCACAUUUAUUACCUCUCUCAGUGCCUGCUUAAAUUCGGCCACAAGGUGGUGGUGAUGACACAUGCAUAUCGAAAACGGAGCGGUGUUCGGUACAUGACAAAUGGAUUGAAAGUGUAUUAUAUUCCAUGGCUUCCUUUUGUUAUGCAGAAUUGUCUGCCUACUAUUUAUGGGAUUUUCCCUAUAUUAAGAACAAUUUUGAUUCGAGAGCGUAUUACCUUGGUUCAUGGACAUCAGGCUUUUUCUACUCUUUGUCAUGAAGCACUUUUGCAUGCAAGGACUAUGGGUUACAAGGUGGUGUUUACUGAUCAUUCACUUUAUGGAUUUGCUGAUAUUGGCAGUAUUCACAUGAAUAAAGUGUUGCAAUUUACUUUGGCAGAUGUGAAUCAAGCUAUUUGUGUUUCACAUACAAGCAAGGAAAACACUGUUCUGCGGUCGGGUUUGCCUCCAAAUAAAGUGUUUGUAAUACCAAAUGCUGUGGACACAGCUAUGUUCAAGCCUAAUCCUAACUGUCGCUCAUGUAAUGAAAUUGUAAUUGUUGUUAUAAGUAGGCUGGUUUAUCGAAAGGGUGCAGAUCUCCUUGUGGAGAUUAUUCCAGAAGUUUGCCGUCUAUAUCCAAAUGUACGUUUCAUUGUUGGGGGAGAUGGACCCAAGAGGGUACGGUUGGAGGAGAUGAGAGAGAAGUAUUCUCUUCAGGAAAGAGUUGAGAUGUUGGGGGCUGUUCCACAUGCGCAAGUGCAGUCAGUUCUUGUUCGUGGUCACAUAUUUUUGAACAGCUCCCUCACGGAGGCAUUUUGUAUUGCAAUAUUAGAGGCAGCUAGUUGUGGCUUGUUAACUGUGAGUACACGAGUUGGAGGGGUCCCAGAGGUUCUGCCUCCUGACAUGAUUGUACUUGCAGAACCAGUACCUGGCGAUAUGGUAUCUGCCAUUGGAACAGCAAUAAAAUAUCUUCCCAAGAUUGAUCCUCAUGCCAUGCAUGCUAGAAUGAAGGAUUUAUACAGUUGGAAUGAUGUUGCACGGAGGACAGUUGUGGUAUAUGACCGUGCUCUGGUUUCUAGCCCUACAAAUCUGCUACAGCGCCUUAUGCGGUAUUAUGAAUGUGGUGCUUGGGCUGGGAAACUAUUCUGCUUGGUAAUGGUACUGGAUUUCAUAAUUUGGCACCUCAUUGAAUGGUGGCAGCCUGCAAAAAAUAUUGAUUUGGUCCCUGAUAUGGCUGUGAGAGAGAAGGAUUGUACAAAAGAUGCAUCCAGAUAACAUCAUGAUAUCAUUUGAAAGGAUUUCCAGACAAUUUAAUCCGAUGAAGUUGGCCUUCAGUGCUCUUUGACACAAAUGUUUUUAAGAUUGCAUCUGUGCGCCUGAUCAUGAUGAUUUCAGUAAGAAAAGAGCUAGACACAUACGUUGUUGGACAAGAUUUGCUGGCUAUACACAGCUUUGUAAUAAGGUUUGUAAUCAAUGUGAUGAUGAAAUGGUUGUUCUCCUGACAACCUCAAGUAUAAAAUUAUCAAUUUUCUUCUUGGUGUGGUUGUCAGCUGUCAUUUUCACAUGGGCAUUCGUUAUUUUUUUGUUUCCAUUGUGCAAGAACCUGUUCAUGUGCCUCUCUACACUUUAUUGUGUGUUCUACAUUUUGAAAUGAUUUGCGGUUAUGUUAGUGAUU